AACUAACUUCAUUAUAUUGUUGUAUCAUAACCUUGUUGUGCAUCUUAAAAACGAAUGUUGAAAAAACAAAUAUGUUUCUUUAUAUUCUAUCAUAUUCUUUCAUAAUGUAAUAUAUAAAUUAUAUUAUAUUAAAUACAACAGCUGAUACAUCAUGUUAUUCCAACUUCUAUGCCGAAAUAGUAAUGCUUCCCUUCAUUCAAAAAAUUAAAAAUAUUUUUCAUUAUUCGAUAAAAUGUUUCUAAUAAAGUCUGCAGUAAUUUAUACUAUACUUUUUUUAUUUUUAAUGUUAAUUUUCUUGCUCUAUAUACUUGGAGCUGCUCGUUAUAUUACAGAUUUUGAAGAAAAUACUUGUGAUAUGACAUACAUGUUUGAAUAUCCACAAUACGUGAGAAUCUCUUUGGAUACUGAGAUAGAAGAACAAUAUCCAAGAUAUGGAUUAUACGCAUAUGGAGAAGGUUUUAUUACCGAGAAGCUUAGAAGGAUGUAUUUCUCAGGAAUACCAGUACUUUUUAUACCUGGCAAUGUUGGAUCUCAUGAACAAGUAAGAUCUCUUGCUUCUGUCAGUUUGAGAAAAAGCCUGAAAGAUAGAACUCCAUUUCAUUUUGAUUAUUUUACUGUUUCAUUAGGCAAGGAUUAUUCUGCUUUAUAUGGAGGCGUGUUGAUGGAAGAAACAAUGUAUGUUUCAUACUGCAUACAAAAGAUAUUAAGUUUAUACAAAACUAAGAUGGACAAUAUUAUUCUCAUAGGACACUCAAUGGGAGGUAUUAUAGCUAAAGGUUCUGUUGUAAUGACACCAAAUAUAAAUGCUAGUGUUGCCAGCAUUAUUAUUACUUUGGCUACACCUCAUACACCUACUUUAGUAUUAGACCAUACUUUCGCCAAUUAUUACCAAAAUUUAGAAAAACGCUUAAGUGAAAUAAAAGCUGCAGGAACAAGUGUAGUAUCAAUAGGAGGUGGACCACGAGAUACACUUAUAACUUCAACUCAAAUUUUAGAUCCUACAGCUGAUAUUAAUGUUAUUUCCAAUACUAUACCAGAUGUUUGGAAAUCUACUGACCAUUUGAGUAUUUUGUGGUGUAAACAAUUAGUACUUUCUAUUGUGUGUUCAUUAUUUGAUUCUGUUAAUUAUACUCAAAAACCAUCCAAAAUUGCCUCUACAGCUAAGGAAAGAAUGCAAGCAUUGUCAUAUCACUUUCAUCAUCGUGCUUCGGGAAAAAGAUUAUAUUCUUAUAAUGAAACAAUGCAAUUUGAACCUGGUGGAAUAUGGAUAGAAAAUAUUCAAAGGCAUUAUACAUGGUCUAAUAAAAAUUUGCCUAAAAAGACAUCCUUUGUCUAUCUUAUGAUCAGAUUGAAUGGACAACCAGAUUAUUUAACUAUUGAUACCAUAAAUUUAGAAUCUAAGGAUUGGUUAUUUGCAUGUACUGCAUCCAGUAUACAAGGACAAUCAAGAGUUUGUAAUUGGGGUUGGAAUUUGACAAAUAGAACAAGAAUUUUGCCAGAUCCUUUACAUCGCUUAAGAAAAACUGUUGACUUAAGUUUCCAAGAAAUAAAAUAUCCUGGUGUAACACAUAUUAUAAUAAAAAUUACACCAGAUAGUUUAGAAAAUUAUAUUACAAUAAAUGUUGAUUUGUAUUCUUAUAAUACAAGACUUGUACCUGUUAAGAGUACUUUUCCUUUAUUGAAAAAUGUAUUUAUAAAACCUCGAAUUCAAAAGUCUGAUCUAGGACAUGUUAGAUAUUAUGCAAAUUUUGAUAAUGCUAUGGAUGUUGUUACUGUCGAAUUUAAAAUAUCUGACUGUACAGAUCCAAAACAUCAUGCAAUAGUUGAAUUAUUAGAACCAGAGAGUAUUGGAGUCACACAAAUUCAGUUUUUUACAGUUAUGGACAAUGGGCCAAAAUCAAUAAAAGUUCAAAUUAAACAUAAAUAUUACAAUGUUUCUCCAAAUUUAAGGAUAACUCUAGAUCCCGCAUGUUCAUAUAUAAUUAAUAUUCAAGAAGCUGGGAUUAUAGAUCGAAUAUCUUGUAUUGUUAGAGAUCGCUGGUAUCUAUUGUAUACAACGAUUAUUAGUUUACUUCUACUGUUUUUAUCUACCAGAAUUGAUCAUGGUCUUAAACAAACUCCAAUAAUAGUAAUUACGGUAUUUCUAUCAUAUUAUUAUGAUUUAAUGUUUGAAUGUUUAGUUGCUUUAGCAAUUGUUUGCAUAUUUACCAUUGGACUAUGCUGUUCUAUUAUAUUCCUUGGUUCAGUAGCUCAUAACAUUGCUGUAAGAUUUCUAGCUCGUGCAAUAGCUUUUUCAACAACAUGGUCAGAUUGGCUACUUGGAGGAUUAAAUCAGUUGCCUUUUAUUAGUGCAAUUCUUAUUUUAUCUUUAAUCCCAGCAACUUGCGGGGGUUUAGCUAUGCUAAUUUCAGUUUUUCUGUAUUUUCUGACUUUAACAAAAAUGUAUGAAGAUUACUUAGAAGAACUAUUAAUGGCUUCGUUACAACAUUUUAACUGGAUACGACGAUUCAGAAGUGCGAGAGAUGAUUCUGAAGGACAUGAAAAUACAAGACAAAAAAUAUUUAAUCAUCUUAUUCUUUUCAUUCUCUGGUGUUUUACUGCUAUUCCAGCCGUACCUUCUGUACUUGUGUGGGCAAAAAAUUUCAGUUAUGAUAUGAAACUUUCUUCCGAAGAUCCUUUAUUAUUACAAAGCUGGAUAGUUUUAGUGACAUGCAGUACAAUGGGAUGGGUGCAACUCCCUUCCAAUAAUCGUAAGAAUCAAUCUCAAGUAUUAUCCAGUAUAUUAUGUUUCUCAGGUUGGAUUAUACUUUUAAUGGGAGCAGCACCUUAUCCAGCUUUUUAUCAAUAUUAUAUGCCACCUGCUGUAGCUGGAGUUACUAUUAUUAUUGCAUUAAAUGUAAUUUUUUUUUGAAUUUUUUAAAUUUUUUUAAUAUUGUUCACUUGAAAAAGAAAUAACAUACAUCAAUUUCAUGACAUGUCAUGUCCAUCUAUUGUAUUUGUGUGUAAAUAUAUUUAUUUUUAGAGAAUGUGUAAUAUACUA